AACAGCAAGCGGGCAAUAGCAAUGGGAGUGCAAACGGUUCCGAUUUUCAAAUCAGUUUAAAUGAUUUUCUCGAUUUUCUCAAACUUUCCUGUCACGUAAACGAUAUGAUAACAAAAGUUGAAGGCAAACCAUAUAAUCGGGAACCCGUGCCACCCGCCGAGAGUCUAGCUGGUGUCUUCCCGAAGCGAAAUUCAAAAAAAGAAGAAUUCGAUUUCAAUAGUUUGGCCGAAAAUGAAUUGGUUAAUGAACUCCUGGGCCUUAAGCGUUCCAAACGCAAUACGAGCAGCAGUAGCCUAACCAACGGUAGCACCAGCAGCAGCCGAGAUGAGGGCAGUCGUACGAAUCUGCUGCUGCCGGAUCCUAGGUCCUCAAUGCGCUCUGGACACAUUCACAGCGAGCGUGGCCUACAUCCAAAACUACGAGAACAACUGGACUAUGUAAUCAACGAGGGUGUGUUGGACUCGGUGCUCUCCUUCAUCUGUCCAAUGCCCUUGCCUGUCACCUUGGCUCCCAACGGCGGGCGGGGAAAGGCGACCAAAGUGCCAUCGUCGCAGCCAUUGCAGCUGGUGAAGGCAGAUCCCAUUUCAAGCUCAAAUAAUUUGACGACGCCCAACUCGAGCUCGCCCAACGCUCACUCGCCCAGGGAAAGCCCAUCGACUGAGAUGCACAGCGGCAACAGUGUGGUACGUGCGUCCGUAAAGGAGCCAAUUGGCAAAGCAUCAUCUAGCACAGCCACACGACGCAAAUCCCUGUUGCUGGUCAAGGACAGUAAGCAUUCGCGGCAAGACAAGAAGGAAUCAGAGGUCGUCAUCCACGUGUGCGACGAGGUGAAGAACACCUCGCGUGACUUCACCUGUCCGCAGGGCCUGUUGGUGAGCAAAAUGGGCUACUUUGCGGAUGUUACGGCCGGGCAGCGUCUGGAGGAGAUGGACAUAUCGGUCCACUGUGACAUACAGAUUUUUGACUGGUUGAUGCGCUGGAUCAAGCACAGUGCCCAGAGCCAGGAGCUGCCGGCGCCGGGUCAAUGCAGCACCUCGGGCCCCCAGCUGGAUGGCAACAAUGUGGUGCCCAUUCUGGUCUCGGCCAGCUUUCUGCAAAUGGAGCCACUGCUGCUAGAGUGCCUAGCCUUCUGUCAUGCCCAUCUCAGCGAGGUGGUGCGCACUUCGACGAAUUUGUCGUGCCUUAAUGAUGCCCUAGUCACCCGUUUGGCUGCCAUGUUCACUAACCUGGAGCUGGAGAUGGUGCGCGACAAGAAGGAGCGUGUUACGCCUAGGCUGUGGACGAAGCUCGUGCAAAGCCUUUGCGAGCCAGAUCCGGAGGUGCUGCGUGGACAUUUCUAUAGCAUCUCUGGACUGUUUCGGUGCGUGCGCUGCUGUCGCUGUGUGACUAAUACGAUGAAGUCCCACGUGAACUGCUUGCCAAGCAACAUACGACUCAAUCGCUGGGGCCAGCUGGUCAGCAACCAUGUGCGCGAUACCAACUGGGAUCUCAAUGUGUAUGUGAUGCAGCUGUUCAAGGACCUCAAGUCGUGGCGCAAAGUCUACUGGAAACUUUGGGGUCAUUGCCACUACCUGUAUUGCUGCACUUGUGAGGCUCACUUCCCGGUCUAUCAAAUGAGCUGGUGUCGCUAUCAUCCGGAGCCACCGAGUUUUCUAGGUCCCGACGCCGAGGGACGCAUUGCCGGCCCAGCUGGACGCUACCCUUGCUGCAAGCAGCAGGCAUUCCGCUACGAAACGUUGCCAGGUCCCAAUGGCUGUCAGUUCCGCGAGCACAGCGUGCUGGUGGACACAGAUCGGGAGCGUGCGAUCCUGGCCAUUGCCCAGCUGGUUGGUGAGAACUACGCGCUGAGCGAGCAGCCACCGUUGCAUCUGCAGGAGCUAGCCGCUGCGGGUGAGAUCAGUCCCAAUUGGUUGGGCAUCUCGUUGACGCCACAACGUUGCCGCCAGGGUCUAUUGCCGCAGCUCUGCAUGGACAUGACCAAUCAUCGUGUGAGCCGACGCUGUCGCUAUGAGAAUGAGACGAGCUCCGAGUCGGACAACAACUCGACCAGUUCCGAGGAUACGCGUCUGCCACGUGUACGCAAUCGCAAUGCGCUGCUCGACGAUGAUUACUCCUCAAGCAGCGAUGGCUGCGAGUCGGAUCAUCGGCCACCGCCGCGCAAAGCACGCGGCAAAAAGAAACGAAAGCGGCCGGCUGCUGUCUCUGGGCGCUUCUGGUCGGGCGAGCUGUCGGCGCGCAGCAAUCAGGACCAUCAGCGUGACUUUGAGGAGAAGAUCAUGAAGCAGGUGGCCAGCUACGUAUCCAAAAAGACGGGCCCCGAUCAAAAUUCGGCGCACAGCACCCAGCCCCUGGGCGGCACUUAUGUGCGACUGGAGACCGAGUGGAAGGAGAUGCUCAAGCAGCGUCACAGCAACCACAACAUGCCAUCUGGCAGUGCCAGCAGUGCGGGCACUGCUACUGGAGGCGUUGGCGGCUCGGGCUCAUCGGGCAACAACAUCAACAAUCAAAAUGUUCACGCUGGCCUGGGCGGCGCAGUGAGCAACAUGAUCGGUGUUCCGGGCGCUGGCCAGCUGUCCAAGCAGAAGCACAAGUAGACUCCUAAAUCGAAUGGCAAAUAAAACGUAGACAAUAUUAGAAGUAG